AUGCGCAUUCUAGCGCUAGUGCUGGGGUUGACCCAGGCGCAGAAUUGCCCAGAUGGAUGGGAUUAUCAUGAAAACAACUGUUACUACUUCAGCGGAAUACCAGAUAAUGGAGCUGGAGUCACAUUUGGCGUCGCGGAAAGCGAAUGUCAACAUAUGGGUGGACAUCUUCUGGCUACUCUUGGCUUUUCUGAGCAUCAAUGGCUUAUUCAAAACGACGAUUUACGGGAGAUGUUCAGCAAGGUCUUCAUCGGCGCGCACAAAGUUAACGGUAAAUUCACCUGGACAUCUGGGGACGAGUGGCAAGACAAAUGGGCUGGAAACAUCCCCAGUCAGAAAAGAGAUCUCCCGUGGAAGGAAGACGAGCCAAUGAACGAUCCGAAUAAAUUGUGCGUGACUAUGGACAUGCGAAAAAUUCGCCCAGGAGAAGUUGGGGGUUGGGAAAUGGAAUCCUGCAGCAGGCCCCAUACAUUUGUUUGCAAAAUGCCUCAGAAUCAAGUCGUAGUAAACUGCAAUGAUGGAUUCGAAGAAGCAGCGAAUAUGUGCUGGCUCAGAAUUCAUGAAAAAAUGAACUUUCUCGACGCUCAAAAAGCUUGUGAAGAAAAAGGCUCUUAUCUCGCUGAGAUUCGAAAUCAGCAAGAAUCCUACGCGUUUAUUGAGUACAUGAAAGCAUCUUCAGCAGAAGCGGGGCCCUUCUGGAUCGGCUUGCGCCAUGAUGAAGGUUCUCAAAAUCCAGAAAAAUUCACCUGGCAAAACUCGCAAGAACCAAUUCGAUUCAAUGAAUGGCUCGAAGGUUAUCCGAUUCUCCAAAGCCCAGCCGAAAAUACCUGCGCUUUCACAGAGUGGGAUACAGACGUUGAAGGCCGCUGGAUGACAACUGCUUGCGACUCGGAAGAAUACAAUUUUGUCUGUCAACAUGACCUUGGCCUCGUUUGUCCGAAAAAUUGGAUUCGAAACGAUGACAUGUGUUAUAAAAAUUUCGCAACUCCAGCUUACAGACGAUCGUGGACCGAUGCGGUCAAUUUUUGCGACGAUAUUGGUGCUGAAAUGGUGAUGAUCAAGGACCAGAAAACGCAAAAUUUUCUCGCUCUUCAUCACACGAGUUUGCUUCAAAUUGGCGUGCAAGAUUAUUGGAUCGGUCUUUCUACCACUGAAGAUGGUUUUUCAUCGCCGCGAUGGAUCGAUGGAAGCCCUAUCAGCUACAGUGAGAUGGGGGUAUUGAAUGGAACGUACAACCCUUAUUGCGUCGAAGCCCUGACAACUGCGAGCGAAGGCAACUGGCAGGAUGCUUAUUGUGGAAACAUCAGAUCGUUUAUUUGCCAGGCAAGAGUUGGAACUCGAAUUUAUGAACCCUCGGAAGGCAUGCUUGACUAUCUCUGCGCCAGCGACGAUGAUGAUGGAGAGGACUGGCAUUUCUUGAACAAUACUGAUUCUGGAGAAUUGAGCUGUUAUAUGAUUACUGAGACUCCGACGAGUUGGCAGAGAGGGUCGAAGAUUUGCCAAGAUGCUGGUGGUUAUUUGACUUCUAUUACGUCACAAAGGGAGCAAGAUUUUGUCGAACAUCUUUUGUACAAAAAGUCCCUUCAAUUUCUCUCCGGCGACGCUUGGAUUGGUCUUCAAACAACAAAAGGACCUCCAAGAAAUCGCAAAAAGUACGACGGAAUCCCGAACGAAUACUGGGAAGAUGGCAAAAAGUACGAAUUCAACAACUGGGCGGAAAAUCAACCAAUGUACACUGACAAAUCUGACUCGUGGGAAGGCGACUGUGUCUGUCUAUAUGGACUUGAUCAUCCUACUGUCGGAGCAUGGGCAAACAAGGACUGUACUAGGGCUUUUGAUAAGCGACCAGUUUGCAAGCGCCCAAUGGUAAAAAAUCCUGACACGACUCCGCCUGGAAUCAUCGACGAGGACCAAAAAGAAGCGAAUAUCAAAUACUGCGGCGCUCCUCAAUGGCGAUGGAAUGCGGAAUUCAAAAGCUGCUAUAAUGUUAUUGAUACACCUUUGCCAUGGGACAGUCAGAGAAAGACCUGUGCUGAUAAUGGUGGUUUCAUGCUGGAUAUUACAUCGCCAAGUGAAAAUCAAUAUGUUCAGACAUUAGGAAAGAUUUUCAUUUCAAUUUUAUUUAUUGUGAUUACUUCCUCAGAUGGCUACCUCAAAAAACCUGAAUCAUGCAUAAAAUCUUUCAAAGUCGCACUUCUCCCUAGUGGUGCAUUCUGGACAGGUGGCUUUGAUGCUGGCCGAGAUUGGCUUCCAGACGAUGAAGAUGGUCCUGCGAUUGGACAAAGAAACGGCAACUGGAAGUGGGAUAGAGCAACAUCUCCUCUGCCUUAUUUCAAUUGGGAAACUGAUCAGCCAAACCUUCCACAGCAAAUUGGACCAACUUGUAUCGAAAUUGGCGCGAAUGGAAAAUGGACAAAUCCUGAAUGCACUCAAAAACGAUUCACCAUCUGCGAACGGAACCCAAUUUACCAGGAUCCAGUUGAUCCAGAAGAAGAAUGCGACGGACCUGAAUGCUGCUCUGGCCACAUUGGUCUAGAAAACGGAGGACCCAUUCCUGCUUCUGCCUUUUACUCGAACUCUGAAAAUAGAACAAGCUCUGCUGCUGAUCAUGGCCGACUGAAUCGAGUUUAUGAUGUUUGGGGCUUUGGCGGAUACGGAGGUUGGAUGGCCGAAAAAUAUGCAAAGGAUCCGUAUUUGCAAGUCACCUUCGAUGAUUUCUAUGAAGUGCGAGGAAUCAUUACUCAAGGUGUUGAUGGCGGUGGAGCUUAUGGCGUGCAAACUUUCAAAGAAUGGACCCGUUCAUUUGCCAUUCGCUACGCUAUCGGUGAUGGAGAUUAUACCGAUCUCGUUGACGAUGUCGGCCAGACAGCUCUCUUCGACGGCAACUACGAUUCCAGCUCUCAAGUGAUCAAUAUGUUUCCCCAGGCGCUCAUUACCAAGUCCAUCCGAGUCUACCCCCGCCAAAUCAAAAACAACUACGCUGGUCUGAGAAUGGAACUGAUCGGCUGCAAGGCUACUUGUGUCGAUUCCCUUGGAGCUGCGAGAAAUCCUCCCAGCGGGAUGAAAAUUCCAGACCAAGCUUUUACGAGCUCCAGUGCUGUUCCUGGUCACGAAGCAAAGCACGGAAGAGUCGUUUAUUCCGAAACGAGAAGUGAGCGAAGACCGCAUCAGAUUUCAGUGAGCAACACCGUUCAAACACAAGAACUCGCCGAACUCGCCUGUCAAACUGAAUUUGAAGGAAAUGGCGCGCUUGUUUCGAUUCAUAAUUCUGAAGAUCAAGAACUUGUCCAGAGCAAAAUUCAGAACUCAAACCCAUCUGACGACGAUACUUGCUUCUGGAUCGGGCUCAACAGAAAAUCUUCAAGCUGGCAUUGGAUUGAUGGCUCUGCUCUGAGCUACAAUAAUUGGGCUGCGGGAGAGCCAAAAACUGGUAACUGUGCAUGCAUGGAUUCUAGCAAAGGCUUCAAGUGGUAUGCAAGAUCUUGCUCGAGCAUGAGCCCGUAUGUUUGCGAAGGAUUUCAACCUGAGGAUGUUUGGAUUGCAGAAAUUCAAGAUAACACUCAGUGGCUUCAAAUCGACCUCGGAGAAAUUCAUGCUAUCAACGGUGUCGUUGUCCAAGGCAAUCCCGUUGCAGAUGAAUAUGUCAAGCAAUUCCAGCUCAAGUUUUCCGAUGACGGCGAAAACUGGUGGUGGUAUUACAUGUACCAUCCAGGAGGACAAGGAAAUGCUUGGGUUCAGAAGUUUCAGGGCAAUUUUGAUGGACAAUCUACUGUUUCUGCUUAUUUACGGCAUCAUAUUACCGCACGAUUCGUUCGAAUUAACCCAACACUUUGGGAAAAACGAAUCGCUCUUCGUGUCGACAUCAUCGGCUGCAAAGAACACGGGCGUAUAGAAUGCACGGACUCAGCUGCUUCAAUCUUCGAUCUUUCAAACAAGGACCAUAUUUCGGCAGAUUGCCCGAGAAACUGCGCCGCGGACGAUUUCAACUCCGACGCGCCUGUUUUCGGAACAGGACAAUAUGAAAUGACCUCGAGUUUCUGCCGCGCGGCAAUUCAUGACGGCAGAAUCGACAACAUCAACGGCGGAUAUGUCAGCGCUAAGAAAAUCAAGAACAACCCUGAGAGCUACAAGGGAAGCGGCGCUCACGGAAUUCAAUCGCUUGAUCUCGACUCGAACACUCCUGGAUUUAUCUUUGAAGGCGAUGUUCUCGGUUGCGAGGAUGGAUGGACUGGCUUUAGAGAAGUUUGUUACUACAGCCCUAGUGUUGCCAACGGCGAUGACGAGAAUCUCGUCACGUGGUCAGAAGCGCAACAGAAAUGCAAAGAAGUUGGCGGCUAUUUAGCAACAAUUGACGAUCAAGCUGAGCAAGAUCAUGUCGCUGCGAUUAUGCACCAGAAACAAGGAAUCAAUGAGUGCUGGAUCGGGCUUACUGACAAGGGACAUCCGAAUUGGUACGACAAGUGGGCAGAAACGGGCGAACAAGUUCGCUACACAAACUGGGGCAUGGGCGAGCCAAACAGCGGAAACAGCGACAGCUGCGUUCGAAUGUUCCGAGGAGGGCCUCAGAAAGGAAAAUGGGAUGAUUACGGAUGCGACAAUCUUGCCAGUUUUAUUUGCGAGAAACCCAAGGUCCCUGUGAAUUCUCUAGAACCAGAUCACGAAAAGUGCAAAGUCGGUUGGGAGCCGUUUGGCAACCGAUGCUACAAAUUCGUCCAAAGCCCGGAGGAAUGGAGCUGGGCAAAGCACAACUGCCGUGGCCUCGGGGGAGAAUUGGCGGCGAUUCAUGAUGCAAGUGUGAAUUCCUUUAUCGCCUCUAGAAUUGCUGAAAACACGCUUGAUCAUCACAACUACUGGAUUGGUUUGUUCUCUGAAUCGAAACUCGGAACUGGGGAAUAUUUCAAAUGGAUUUCAAAGGAGCCUGUCGACUUUACCAACUGGGACACGAAUGAGCCGGGCACUGCGAAUGAGUGUGCUCCUGUGUGGACCUAUCGUGGGGAAGAACAAACAGGCUGCAUUGAUAAGGGUCUCCCAGGCCAGCUUGUAGGAGAAUGGUGCUCUCCAAAUGAAGAGUUCACUGGAGCAUUUAUCGCUUGUGAAGAAGGAACUGGUCUGAAAAAGGAAACCGAGUGCACUGCCAUGAACAAAGAGAAUGGCAAGUGGGGAUAUCCCAAUGAAGGUGAUGGAGCCAGACAAUGCUGGGAAAAAUACAAUUACGUUUGCGACAUGAUGAUGGAGGGAGAAUCUCGUCCAACGAUUCCCUCUGAGCCAAUUGAUGACACUCCUUGCAAGACUUCUGAAGGUUGGUAUGGAUAUGAUGGCGGCAGCAAAUGCUACAAAUUUGACAAUGAACCAGCAAGUUGGGAUAAUGCGAAGAAACACUGUAAUGCGUACGGAGCCUCGGCCCAUUUGGUCGCGCUGCAUAGCUAUAGUCAGGAACAGCGACUUUUGCCGAUUUUAUCAGAGCAUGGAAAAGGAGUCGAUCAUUUCUGGAUCGGUUUGAGCACAAACGGCGUCUCUGGCUACCGAUGGGUCGAUUUCUCGCCCGUUGACUAUGUGAACUGGGCUACAAACGAGCCAAACAACCACAACGGCGAAGAAAACUGCGUUGAAAUGAUCAAUUACGGCCUCUUUUCUGCCUGGAAUGACUAUUUCUGCUACUCAACGAAGGCUUACAUUUGCGAAAUCGACCGUUCAGAAACCCCACAGACUCCAACUGUGCCUCCAACAACGCCGCCACAACUUGAUCCACGAUGCAACCAAGAAGACUUCCCCGAUGUGAAGUUUUAUUCUACAAGAGUGGACGUCAAUGGGCUGGACAAGACAAAAUGCGUAGCUUUUAUUCCAGAAUUGGAUAGCUGGACUACUGCAGAUCGAUACUGCCAUCAGUUCAAUGGUGGAUCGGGAAGAUUGAUUGCUAUUCAUAGUCAGAAAGAAGUGGAAUUCGCAAUAACUGUUUUGGCUGCUCAAGAAGAUCAGUCAACGGAAAAGUCAUGGAUCGGUCUCCAACAGCCCUUCCCUGGAGAGCAAUACAGCUGGACUGAUGGAACUCUUCAGGACUUCUCAUUUUGGGCCGGAUCGCAGCCGAACAAUGACAAUGGUAAAAAGACCUGCGCGGAGAUGGAUGUCAAUACUGGCCUUUGGGUCGCCGCUGAUUGUUCAAAGAAACAACAAGGACUUUGUCAAUUUAUCCUAAACGAAGGUGGUGCUCCUCCUCCACCACCACCUGAUUUUGACCAAACUGGUGGGUGUCCUGAAGGAUGGUAUCGAUACAGAAAACGAUGUUUCCAGUUCAAUGGACUUGAUACAAUGAGUCCCGAGCGAUUAGGAUUCGAAGCUGCAGAAGCAAAAUGCGUCGAACAAGGAGGUCAUUUGGCAUCGAUUUACGACAACUACUACAACUUAAUGCGCUUGCUCACAGAUUUAAUUAAACUUGCAAACAACGGAUAUUAA